ACUUUGCAAGAGUGAUCAGAGCAGAUCCAAGCAGCUAGCAAGUAUAACAACUGGGAAACAUCUGCUUACCAAUAAUUAUUCAACAUCUACUGAGGCGAAAGCAAUCUGCGUCAUCUUAGAAGCCAUGCUGUCAGAGUCUUUGCGGACUAUGGCGACUUUUUAUCAAGCUAUUAAGCGUCCAAUGAUGCCUAAGGAUGCCCUGAAGGGUAAAAUCGCUUUGGUUACCGGUGGAGGAACUGGCCUUGGCAAGGCAAUGACAGAGAUGUUCGUACGUUGCGGAGCCAGCGCGUUUAUUAUAAGUCGCAAUAAAGACAAGCUCAAAAUAACUGCCCAGGAACUCCAGGAAAAGACCGGCGGAAAGGUAUUCUACCAAGCAGCGGACGUUCGAGAUCCAGCUUCGAUCGCUACCGCCCUUUCGGUCUGUGAGAAAGAACUCGGCCUUCCCCACGUGGUUGUCAAUAAUGCGGCCGGUAACUUCAUUUCGCCGACAGAGCGCCUCUCGCCAAACGCCUUCAAAACCAUCGUUGACAUUGUCCUAUUGGGCACAGCAAACGUAACGCUCGAGGUUGGGAAGCGAUUGAUUGCCGCGAAACAACCUGCAUCGUUUUUAGCCAUUUCGGCAACAUACGUUAACCAUGGAUCUGGAUUCGUAGCACCCUCGGCAGCUGCUAAGAGUGGCGUUGAAACAUUGUAUCAGAGCCUUGCUUCAGAAUGGUCACAAUACGGAAUGCGUUUCAAUGUACUUGCGCCUGGAGCUAUUCCGACGAAAGGCGCGUUUUCCCGAUUGAAUCCAGGUAAUGUGUUCGAAGAAAAAUCGCAGAAGUUUGGACCUCCGAACUGGCGUACUGGUGAACCUGAAGAACUAGCAAACCUUGCUACGUAUGUUGUCUCAGAUUAUGCAUCAUGGCUCAACGGGGAGGUCAUUCGCAUCGAUGGAGCACUGCUCAACUUUCUGGCAGCCGAAUUUAAUCAGCUCAUUAAGGUGGAGAAGGAUCAAUGGGACACGAUUGAGAAAACUAUUAGAAGCGUGAAAGGUUCAUGAACUGUGGCUUACAGUUUGAUGUACGUGUAAUUGCGCAAUGGCAAUAUAACUUAGACGAAUAUCGCAGCAGAUUUCGAUCUAUAGAUGUUACAGUUCAUUUUCAUAAAUAUCAAUCCGUAUAUAACUCUGCACUCAAAAUAAUCUUCAAAAUCUUGCAGUUGUAGUGUUCUUGUGAGCAUAUUGUCUUUUACAGUGGAUUUUAAUUUCCUGCUUCACACGUGGUGUAUAACGAAAAAUCAGCUCGGUUAUUACGAAGCUAGAUUUUUUCUUUAGAAGGUUUUACCAAAUUCGAUUUAAGCUGUCUUUUAGAGGUUAUAUAAAAUAGACAGCAUUUCGUAUGAGUAAAAGGUUUGAAUUUAGUGAUGAAUCACUGUUUCUUUUGUUAUAACAGCUUUCAACACAAGACGGUGCGAUAUGUGCAUGAAAAAAAUUUAUACACCGCAUUGGUUAUAAUAACAAAGUUGAUUUAAUUGAAAUAAUACAUAACCAUAUCUUACAAUACUAUCUGUUAAUGACUGUAAUGUUACUGGCAGAAUAGUUUUUAUUUCUGCAAAUAUCUUUCACUACAAUUUUUCUUGCGACAAAGGGCGCACCUAAUAUACGACUAAUAUAUAAAGGAAUUGCAACUAAGAUCAAUAAAAGUGAAGUUUUUGCCUGACACGUCUCAUACUCAGCCUGCGGACGAAUAUGAACUUCGUUUCAGUUUGCCUUCGUUUGCUAGUAUAUCAAAUAAAAUUUAUUGUAUAAUCCAAUAACACAAUAAUAGAUCAAGAAAUAAAAAGGAUGGGCCGCUCGUUGCUCAAACAAAUGAAUUGCCUAAAUUUGAAGAGAGAUAUCAAGGUGACUGGUUAUGCCGUCAAACUGAACACGCGUAAAUGAAAAGUUAACUAAAACUAGAAGGCCUCCACCCAGCUUAUCUUGCUAGGUGCAUUACCGAAUGUUGAAACUAUCUCGCGCAUCCAGCGGUACUCCUGGGUAAUUAUAAAACGUACAUAAUUUUGGUCAUGCUUGAAAUUAGCGACAGACC